GUCAUCAUAUCGUUCAGCCUCGAACGCGGCUGACAGACGACCCAACCAUUCCCCAAUUCACGCGGCUGACAGCGACCAUGGCGUCCAAGACCCCCGCGGCGGCCGCCGGCGAGCCCGCCCUCGGCGUCCCGUACCAUCCAGCCGAGGUCCAGGGGCCCUAUUACCACGCGCCGCCGAACCCCUAUGCGGCGGGGAUGCCACCGCCCAACGCGAUCUACGCCGGCGCGCCCAAGGGGGUGCCGCUGCAGCAGACCAUGUUCCGCGACACGCCCGCGCCCUUCCACUGCCAGGCCUGUGGCGCCGCCGCCGUCUCCUCCGUCCGGUCGAAGCCAAGUCUUGCAUCCGUUGUGGCUUGCAUGAUGCCCUUCAUGAUGGGGGUCUGCUUCCUGUGCCCGUCAAUGGACUGCCUCUGGCACAAAUACCAUUACUGCCCCAGCUGCGGGGAAAAGGUGGCUGAGUUCAAGAAGUCCGACCCGUGCCUCGUUGUGGAUCCAACCCGCUGGUCCGAGCCGAGCUUCGCCCUUCCUGCAUAGCGUGUGCACCACUUGAUGUCAUACCGUUUCCUUCAACUGAAAGAACGCGUUGUUCUUGUGUGAUAUGCACAUAAGAAAUGUCACUAGCCUGUUGCAAGUUGUACAUCCUGUACCUCAUCUGCAAUUUCUUCUCCCUGCUGUCUGUUUCUUUAGGAUCAGACUUAAUGUGUUGCUGUAGCAUUUUGGUCCAUAGCUAAAGGUAAAUGUUUCGAUGAUUACUAGUAACUAUAUCAUUGUAAUUAAUAUGUUUGCUUUAAAGGGUAACUAAAAAAAUUAGUUUGUAAUAGUGUUGGACGAUCUUGAUCCUUUAAUUAAUUGAAUGAACGAUCAAAAGAAGAUGUGAACGAGGCUUCUAGUUCUAAGUGUCAUAAGAAGAUAAAGUAUAUUUAAAAUAGUAUAUGGUCUGAGUGUUAUAAGAAAAUGAAGGAUAUUGAAAAUAGUAUAUGCUUUUUUUCUUUAAUCGUACUGUAAAGAGUGAUUAAGAGUAGUAGUUUAAACUAGUUAAGUCUAUACUUGGUUGGAUGUAUAUUUGUGGAAUUUUUACACUAGGUAGUUCAGAGAAGAUCAUAGAUGAGUUGAAGCGAAGAUAGGAUUUAGAGAAGUUUGAAUUGAGCAAGUUCGAAAAAAACUUUACACGAUGGGUGGUUCGACGCUGAGUAGUUUAUACACAUUGAAACUUUUAUCUCGGCGCUCUUGUACACGUUGGAUGA